CCUUGGACCCAUACUGCACACUCACUGUCGACUGGAUCAUGGACACGAGUCUAUGUAAACUCCCUCGAGAUACUCUUGUGGAUAUUGACAGGGCUGUUUGGAUCAAUGACGAUUUCAGCUUCUACCUCCUGUACAAGAAUGGUCAUAUUUUCAUUGUUCAAGGCCCAAAGUCCACUAAAUGCGAUCCAUUCAUCACCUCGGAUAGACCCGCUCAGGAACUUCACCUUAAAUUAAUACUACAGCUCUCGGAAGUGAUCCCUAUCGAACGAUACAAGUACCUUUAUCUCUAUCAAGAUGAGAAGACGAACGAAUAUCGUCUUGUUCCCAAGAAGAAGUCCCACACUUUGUAUAAGAUUAAAUCUCCGCUAUGGCUCCCAACGGUACAAGAAAGCGAGUUGCAACUGAUCAGGUGGAUUGGGUGGGGACGAUGUGUAUGUUUACUGAGGGGGGACCAGAUUGAAGUUGAUAUCGCCUGGGAUACGGUGACUUUCCGGCAGCUGGAAAAAAUCACGAAUGUUGUAAAAGUCCUCGCCGAACUGGAUGUAUGUUUCCGGCCAAUCGCACACGUAUUGCGAGGAAGUGAUAUCAUCGGCCUAGCAUACGAAAAAAGAGCCGGGCGUGGUCUUCAAUAUAGCGACAGACGACUGUUCUACCAAACUCUAGCGAAGAUGCAUUCCCGUCGCGUUUACUAUCGCGGUAUCUGUUACAGCAUAUGUCAAGUCCAUGAUGGAGGGAUUCGUUUUACAGACAACCUUUUCGUGGUCGAAAUAAGGAACGGCCCGAGAACGGAAGAGGAAGAUGAACAGGAGCGACGGAUAUGGGCGGUGACCGGGGAGUUGUUUGAUAAACUGAAAAUCAAAAUGCAUGUCUUAAUGGAGUGCUAUGCCCUAGCUGAACCACCCAUACUCAUGCGCUAUCACCAAUGCGUGAAUUCGGAACAUCCUCGUUACAACCCUAGCAUCCUGACACACAUCGACCACCCCUAUUUUGCGCUGUUUCGUGGACGAGAAACUUCAUAUACACCUCGCCGGUUGACUGGUGUCAUUCGAAGCAACCGCCCUAUGUUUGUUGAGAGCCCAUCACCUGAUGAUAAUGCCAUAACGACCAGUACGGCUCUCGACGACAACGAUCGGCCGCUAGUAGUUCCCCUAUUUACUGCAAAACGGCAUCGUAAAGCGAGGUCAACUCGCAGGAUCCAUGAGCUACGAUCGGCUGCCGAUCGGAGGAAUGAUCUUCCGCACAGAUCUCGUUCUAUUGAUACAGAGACGCUCGUAGACUCUGAGGAGAAUGUCGAUGGGAAAAGCGAACGUUUCCAGACCGUCUCGACAUGGUGCUGAAACGAAUCAUCCUCAAAAUACCGGACGUUUAUCAUUGCUCUUUGUAUCCUUAAAUGUUUUCGAAGUGCUGUCGUAUGGUUUCGUCGUUUGUUGCAUUCUUUUUUGUCUUAUGUAGAUAACCAGAGCCUCGGUAUCAAAAUCCUAUCAACUUGCGCUUCCAGCU